AUGUCGUACGGAGAGGCUUUCUUCAAUAUAUUGCUCAUUGCGGCCUGCUGCUAUGCAAUGUAUAGCUUAACGCCUGCCGACAAUCCCUACGGAUAUGUUGCAGCGGCCUUCUGUUUUGUUCACGGCUUCUUGGACCUACUCCAGGCAUUUGCUGCAGAAGAGUCGGACGAGUGUUCGCCUAUCCUUGUGCUAUCGGCAAGCAUUAUCGCGGCCAUUCUCCUUCCAUUGGCCAAUAUUGAGUUUUAUUUGAAGUCAGAUAUGUCGGGUGUGGCUUUAGUACAUAUGAUGUCGUUUAUACCGCUGCUUUACGACAUGCUCGGAAAGAUGUGCGAUGAUUGGGACGCCGCUACAGACACACUAAACGAGUUGGUGCUGACGGGAAACGUAUUAUCUAUCUCCUUCUUGGCUGUUCAAACCGGUAACCCCAUGUAUGGGGGAAUCGCGGCGAUCGCCUUUUUCGGACGCUACGGUUCCGAGCUGAUUGAUAAAUUUGUGGAUGGCUUGGGUCCAUACAUUUCAACGUUGUCCAAUGCGGCCGUCAUUGGUCUGAUGACCUAUUCCUUGACGCAAGGAUGA